AUGACUGCACCGGGUGUUCUUUUGCUGGUGGUGAUCGCCGCCAGGCUCCGAGGCAUCAACUCUUUGGAUAAUGGAUACACGGCCGUUGAUGCCAAGGGACGGCUUUCUGCAGUUCGAGGGACUUUCAAAGAGAAGCGGAACACGCCAGCGCUGAACUUGCUACGCCCAAUUCACUCUGUCCAUUCUCCGGCUGGCUGCUCCAUGCAGUCUAGCUUGGUGCAUCGUCUCCGUAAGAGCAGGAGAAACGCCAGUUUGGAUAGCACGCCAUUGAGCUUCAUGCACGUGGGGCCACAUCCCCAUGCAGGUACGACAAAGCAGAUUUCGCUCGCUCUCUUUAACCUUGUGGAGCAUCGCGAUGAAACUGCAAUCGAUCUGAACGAGGACCAGGCUGGCUUCCUUCGACCUCUUCUUCCGGUCGUGGGUGCCUGGCGAGAGAAGUGUGUCGACUCAGAUGGCAAGCUGCUACUAUUGCUUCCAGGUUCUCAGAUUCGUAGCACGUCUUUGUGGGACGUGAUGGCGGCAGAGUUUGCUGCGUUCUUGGCAAGGAAGGUGCUCAGGGUCCGCCCGGAGGACGUUGAAGUUUCUCGAUCGGAAGAGGCUGACGCGGCGGACGGCUUGCUGUUGCCGUUCCGAUCUUUGAUGCGGCGGGAGGCACCUUGCUACAGCGCCAUGGCGGUUCUUCGAGGCGAUGCCUUUUCCAAGGCUUGGAGCCAGCGUUUCCGCUGCGACAUUCAGGAUGCGCGCUUGGUGCGCCACUUCGUGAAUGUUUUUAUGCAAAAGCAUCAAGUGACGGCUGCCACUGACGACGAGAAAGCACAGGUCUGCUACCGCGGACCGCAGUUGUCGAACGGCGUGGAUUUGGCCCUUCGGCAUUGUCGACUCCAGGGCAAAGAGGUGAACUUUCAGGUACUAUCCCGUUCUGCGACAGCGGCGGAAGCCUCUCGUUGUACGGUGUUACUGCAUGCUGCUUCUGCAAAGCCCAUUGGCGCGGAGCUCUGGAUCCAGCCUUCUACGAUUCUUGUGGAAGUCUUGGGAAAGCAGAACUCCGUUUACUCAGAGAAUUUGGCCUUGCUCACGGGUGCGACCCAUUUCACUAUCAGUUCAGCGCAGGAGGACGACAAGCUGAUUCAGUCGGCAUCCCGUGCCAUUUAUGCACUGAACCACCGGCCGCCUACUGCCGGAAUGUCGUUGGAUGAAGUGGGUGGCACAUCAGAGCUGGAAGGAUGUGAGGAGUUUUAUCUUCCAGCCGGCGGCUGGACAGACGGCUGGCGAGACGUUGCAAAGACCCUAAAGUCAGCACAGACUUGA